ACUUACUCGUUGCUCGGAAACAGGAGUGGUGCUUGCAUUUUUAUAAUGCUAACCUCUAAGGUUCAAGCCUCCCAAUCUACUCUCCAAAACCUGCCCUUGAAGAUGCCAGACGGGUUUAAAACCACAGUAAUAGCACCGAGAAACCCUAAGCUGGUAAAACGUGAGGAUAAAGCCAAAAAGCUGACUCCAUCUGUGUAUGCACAGGAGUUGUCUCAGACCACAGAGGAACGAUUAGCUAACACAUAUGAGACGCACCUGCCUCGUAUUCUGGAACUCUUAGAUAUGAGUGAGACCACACAUCACAAGUUUUCCACAGUGGAUGUGGACCAGCCUUUUUUCCAGCCUUACCCAUCUGAGAUCGUGUUCCAGAACUACAUGCCCUCCGAGACGUACGAGGUGCCUCUGGUGUUGCGCAAUACUGACAAGAUUCCUCACCUGGUGAAGGUGGUUGAGGAAGCCUCAUUGUAUUUCAGAGUGGUCAGUCCGGUGGACAUUGGCAGCAAAGUGGCCCCAGGCAUGACCUCCACCUUCACCAUUUUAUUCACCCCACAGGAGAACAAGGACUACAUCCACAGGCUGAUCUGUGUCACUGAGAGGGAGAAAUUUGAGGUGCCCAUUAGGGCAAUUGGGGCACGUGCCAUCUUAGACUUCCCCGACCAGCUGCACUUCCCUCUGUGUCCUGUCAAGUGCUCUAUGCAGAAAACCCUCCUUGUGCGCAACAUUGGGAAUGGCCGGGCCAAAUUUCAGCUCAGCAUACAGAGCCCGUUCUCUGUAGAGCCUUCAGUAGGUACUCUUGGUGUUGGAGAGUCCAUGCAGAUGACUAUUGAGUUUUUACCCAGAACUACAGGAGACCACAGCCAGCAGCUGCUGCUCCACUAUAACACUGGUGAAGACGUCUACGUCAGUCUGUACGGAGCCUCUAGUGACGUCAACGUGAGGCUGGACAGGAACUCGGUGCUGCUGGAAAAAACGUACAUCACCAUGGCCAGUGAGCGCACAGUGGCCAUCCUGAACAGGAGUGACUCCAUAGUGCAUUAUCAGUGGAAGAGCUUUGCCACCCAGGAGGAAGAGGAGCAGCACAGGCUAAGGUUCUGUAUGGAGCUACAACAGGAGGAGGCAGAUGAGAUGGAGCAGUUUCUGAUCGAGUGUGGAGCAGACCCCAAUAUGCGUGACCGCCUCUCCCUGCUCUCACGCACAUUCCAGCACCGACGCAGACAGCUCCGUCGGGAGCCACUGCUUUUCAAUGACAAGCACAUCAUUCUAGAGCCCCAGGAAGGGGAUAUCUGGCCGAACCGGACAGCGGAAAUAAAUAUCAUCUUCAAACCCCAAGAAGCCAGACUCUACCAGCACACUGUGUACUGUGAUGUCACAGGCCGAGAGUCACGGUUACCACUGCGUAUAAAGGCAGAAGGCAUGGGGCCCAAGCUGCAGUUUAACUUUGAUCUGCUAGAUGUUGGGAACGUGUUCAUUGGCUCCAAACACAGUUAUGAGGUUCUUGUGAGCAACAAAGGGCUAAUAGAUGGCCCAUACAGGCUGGAGCCUCCCAGUACAGCUAUGGGUCUGUGCUUUUCCUUUAGUCCUACUGAGGGCAUGGUGCCGCCUGGGGCCUGCCAUGCUCUAGAGGUCCGCUUCUCAUCCGACAAGCUGGGCACCUUCUUUGAGGAGUUUCGCUUCACUGUCGUGGGGAACCCCCAGCCUCUUAAGCUCACCUUCAGGGGGUGUGUAAUGGGCCCAACGUUUCAUUUCAGCGUGCUGGAGCUCAACUUUGGCGAGGUGUCCUUCGGCUUUCCUUACACACUAACCUGCAGUCUUAGCAAUACCUCACUGGUGUCCAUGAGCUUUGACCUGCGGAUUCCUGCCGAUGGGAACGGGGCGGACAGUAUAACUACCACAGAGCAGAUCUCACAGCUGGACAGGAAUGAGUGGACAGCAGUGGACAGGGUAUCGGAGAGGCCUCAAGAAUUCAGAGUGACACCCACUUCAGGCAGCAUCCGGGCUCAGGGCCAAAUGGACAUCAAGGUGACCCUGUGCUCCAACACUGUGCAGCAGUACAGUCUGGCUCUGGUGGUAGAUGUGCAUGGAGUGGGGGAAGAGGUCUUGGCACUUCCAAUCAAGGCCAGAUGUGUUGUUCCUGAAGUGCACCUGGACAGCCCUGAGCUUCAGUUCCAGUACUGCUUCCUGGGACACCCAUAUCAGCAGUCCAUCAAGCUGAUCAAUGACACAGGCCUCCCUGCAUGCUAUGGCCUUCUGGCCCAGGAAUAUGAGGAGAACCCAUCUCUGCUGUUCUCCAGUGCUCAUCCCAGAGGUGUGAUCCAGCCGUGUAGUACAGAGCAGAUCCCUCUGGUUCUCCAGGCCAAGACAGUGGGCCCACAGCACCUCACGGCCCUUAUUGCCAUUCUGGGCCAACAAGGUCCUCCACUGGUGCUGCACCUGUCCUGCAUAGGCCAGGGUCCUGCCAUCUCCCUGUCGGCCACUGAGCUGCACUUUGGCACCAUCCCUGUGCUUAGCGAUGUCCCGAGGAUGCUGCAGCUGUCCAACAGCUCCCCCAUUCCGGCCCGCUUUGUGGCUCACAUGGCUCGGAGCAAGUCUCAGUGGCGUGUGGAGCCUGUAGAAGGAGAGGUGCCCCCACACGGGCAGCUGGAGCUGCAUUUGGUGGCCAACCUGGACGACACACUUCCUUUCCAGGACAAACUGCAGCUGGCCAUCCAGGACAGCCCCACCUGCACUGUCGCUGUGACCGCCACAGGAAAGGGCACCACCAUUGUCACCGAUCGACCCUUCGCUCCUAGCCUGGACCUCGGAGCCCACUUUAGCUCAGGCCCCUGCCAGUACCACUUCAGAGUGAGCAACAGGGGCCGCCGCCUGCAUCAGCUUUACUGGGCUACCGAGGGGUAUCCCCAGUUCCGCCGCAGGGGUCUGCUGCCGUCCAGAGCCUCCAAGGAAGGCAAAGCGAAGGGCCCUCUGGCGCCGCCACCUCAAGAUGCCCCCAUCUUUGUGCUGACGCCCAUGCGGCUGGAGCUCGCACCGGGGCAGUCGGCCCACAUGCUGCUUGAGGGAUCAUGUGAUGUACCCAAGGUGGUAAGAGAGAGGCUGGUAUGUCAUGCCAUCGUGGGUCACCAGAGUGGGAAGGAACGCAUAAUGACUGUGGAUGUCACAUGCCGGUUCAUUUCCCCGGUCUUGGAGAUCUCCUCCCAGCAGCUCAACUUCUAUGUGGAAAAGGUUCCAGGCAUGUCCCUGGUGCCUCAGUACCAGAGUCUGCAUCUGAAGAGUGUCUCUGCACUGGCCCUUUCCCUGGAGCUGACAGUGCCAGAGCCCUUUGGGCUCUGUGAAUGCACUGGAGAUGACUUAUUCACUAUCACAAAGUGUCUGGUGCUGGGCGUGGGUGCCGAGACGGUGGUGAGGGUGCGCUUCGACCCCUCCUACCGUCCAGAACUGGAGAGCCGCGUGACUGAGGCAGUGCUGGAGAUUCGCUACUGCGGGCACCCACAGCGGGACAGCGUGGCUCUGCGGGGCGAGGUGCACUUUCCCAACCUGCACUUCUCCAGCAAGGCUGUGGACUUUGGCUGCGUGCUGAACUGCACCGAGGCCCAGCGGCAGCUCACCAUGACCAACUGCAGCCCUCUUCCUGUCUCCUACCGCUGGGCCUUCCUGCUGGACCAGAAACACUACAGCAUCAGGUUUCCCAGUGAGAAGAGCAGUAUGGAGGGAGUCAUGGAGGAGAGGCAAGAUGACACGCCUAAGGAGCCAUCGCCGACGUUGGGGGCUCCCACUAGGGGGCGCUGGAGCAGACCUCAGUUGGCAGAAAAGGAGCCUGUUGACAAGAAAGACCCUGAAACUAACAUAAAGGAGGGAAGCGGGUCCCCGAAAGAGCCUUCUACGACUUCCGGCCCAGAUGUUUUGGGAUGGGAGGAAGGGCUUACCCAUGACCGGAAGAGCUCUACUUCACUUGGGCAAGAGAACUUGAGAAUGUACCCAACAGAGAGGCCCACUGCAACAGAGCAGAGACUCAGCACUGCCAGCCUAACAAGCAGGGAGGUGCCUGGAGUGGAGGAGGUCUUUGACAUCUUGCCAAUCUAUGGGGUGCUACAGCCAGGUGAGAGGCAGCUGGUGACGUUUUCAUUCUUUGGCCACACCCACAUCAGUGGUCAGGUGUUGGCACUGUGCGAGGUGGAGGAUGGCCCCACAUAUGAGAUCACACUCAAGGGAGAGGCUUCACUGCUCACCUAUGCCCUGGACACCACUGACAUUGACUUUGGCCCUCAGUUGUUUGAUCGUGUAGCAGAAGCAGAGAUCACUCUGAGAAACACAGGGAAGGUGGGCUUUGACUUCAGUGCUCUGCUGACAGAGGAGAAGGUGUCUUCUGAAGACCCCUUAUCUGGUCAGCCCCUCGUCAUACCCAGCAGGGGCUACGUUGAGGCAACUGCAGAAAUGAAGCUCUCUGUGUACUACCUGCCUGGAAUGCCAGAGGUUUUUCACAAGACUUUACAGCUACAGGUUGCUUUCUUUGAGCCAGUGGACAUUACACUAAGAGGAGAGGGUGUCUUUCCUAGAGUGUGCCUGGACCUGCCCAGGGACCUGGAUGAGGAGCGCUAUAGCUCUGUGCUGAAGGAGGCUAGGGAGGCAGUGGAGAGCAGAAGACAAAGAGAGGAGGCGCUGAGCAGACCUGGGACAGGAUGGGCAGAGGAGCUGUGUGAAGAGGACUGCACCCCCACUGUGAGUGCCCUGAUGGAGCCCUGCACACCACUGAGCACGAUGGAAGUUGAAAGAUUCCUGUUGAAGGAAAAUGCCAUAAACAUAGAGAAAUCCCGAAGAGAUUCUGAGCAAAGAGAAUCACCUGGAUCCACAGAUAGCAGAUGGCGCAAAAAGCUACGCAGGAUUGUUUUGCCUGAAUACAUCUUGGACUUUGGCUAUGUGAUCCAUGGCAAUAUUCCUACCCACAUCAUCAAAGUGACCAACACUGGGCCUGUCUCAGUGACUUUCAGAGCUGAGCACCGAUCAUUAGCAGGCACAGGAUUCAGUACAGAGUUAGACAGGGUGAAGAAUCUGCCCUACUGUGAGACGGAGACAUUUGAGGUGAAGUUUGAUCCACGUGGUGCAAAUUUGGAUCUUGGAGAGAUCAACACUGUCAUGUCUUUACAGGUUCUGGGCGGUCCUACAGUGCAGGUGCGUCUGCAUGCUGUGGUCACCAUGCCCUCCCUGACAGCCUGCACGGAUGUGUUGAAUUUCAACAGCGUGCAGUGCGGCAUGUGCCAGGUGGCUACGGUGCAGCUGCAAAACCCUGAGCAUGUGCCCUGCGAGUGGAGCAUCAAGGAAGAAGAGCAGCCAAAGAGGAAGACUGAGAGGCAUGUCCCACUUCACCUGAGACGAAAGGCCCCUAUAGAGCAGCCACCUCCACUUAUCUUUGAGAUGCUCCCAUCCAGUGGUGUGGUGUAUCCUGGGGACAGGGUCAAUGUUCAGGUCAAAUUCAGCCCUGCUGAAGGGAGGGCGUACAGAGAGACAUUGGUGAUAGCCGUGGCCCAGAGCACCCAGCGAGUUCUGCUGCUGGCCCAGGGCCAGGGCGAGGAGCCCCAGCUGGAGUUCUCCACCUCGGUGCUGGAACUGGGUCCUGUGCUUCCCUACAGCAAUGGGGAGGAAGCUGAGGUGCUGGUGCGCAACACUUGCCCCUACCCCAUCGAGUUCUACUCUCUGGACUUUGACAAGCAGUACCUGGAGGAAGAAAAGAUCCUGAGGAUGAUGAAUGGUUAUGACGCACAGAAGGUGUUGCUACUGCCCCCUCGUGCCCCUGGAGAGCCUCUGCCAGCUGAACUGCUGGACUACUACAAACAGAACAGCUCCCGGGAGCCUGGGCACGAGUCCAAGCCUGGCUCACCUAAAGAGGAUGAGACUUCCAACACCAGGGAGAAGGGGGAGUGUGUGGCUCAAGAGGAGGAAUUAUCUAGCUCCCCACAUGGAGCGCGACCCUUGGAGGAUGACAGGGUAGAGACAUCUGCUGUUCUAUCCAAAGAUAUAUCUCCCUCGGGUGCAGACCAGUUCAAAGGGGACACAGGGGUGAGUUACGUGGGGGAUCUGGAGGAGAACCCGGUUUCCAGAGCAAUCGCCCACUACAUGGGUGUGGAUCUGUCCCCGGAGGGUCAGGCUGCUCACCAUCGCAAUGGCAUUGGCAUCAUAGUGCAUGGGGCUCCUCUUUCAGGUAAGACAGCCCUGGCGGUGAGUCUGGCGAGGCACUAUGGGGCGGCGUGCCUGACCCUCGACGGUGUGGUGCAGGAGGCGGUAUCGUCCGGCACCAGCGGUGCUGCCAUGCAGGCCAGAGAGCUCAUGGAGCUCACACAGACUACUGUGGAGGACACGGAUGUGGCAGGUUCUGCUGGACAGGCUGUGGGAGUGCUCAGUGUGGAGGCAGUAGCUAGACACACAGCAGAGGGAGUUCAGGCCACUGACCGCAAAGCCCCCGCUUCCACUGUAUCGACCUGUAACAAGACCAGCAUCACUGGACCAAAGAAUAACAACAGCUCCAAUCCCACUGCUACUUCCAUGGCUGGGCAGGUUCACAGGGUACCGAGUGAGAGUAUGAGCCAGAAUGAGCUGGCAGCAAUGAGCAGCUUACUGCCUGAUGACCUGCUGGUAGAGAUUCUGUCAGAGAGACUACAGCUUAGCGACUGUCACCGCGGUGUCAUGAUUGACAGCUUGGAGACGCUUUUCUGCCGCUCUCCAAGUGCUGCGCUCCAGAUCAUCCUCAAAGCCUUUAACAACCGCCAGCACAUCUAUGUGAUUGACCUCAUCAACAACUACUACGCCUUCAAAGCCACAGAGAGAGAACGUUUGCAGAGGGCAGAGGCCUUACAGAGGGAGCAGAUAGAGAGAGAACAGCUCCGUCUGCAGGACAUGGAUGAGGAUGAGUAUGAUGCCCUACCUGAGGAAGAGAAAGAACAAAUGGAUCUCAGACACAGAGAGAUGAUAAGGGAACAAAAACGCAGUGCGCAGAAGAGGCUGGAGCAGGAGCAAGAGGAGCAGAGGCAGCAGGAGGAGAUGGAGAGGCUCAGAGAAGAGGAGGAGAUGAAGAAAAAGAACAAGAAAGGAAAAAAGGAGGUGCCUAAAGACGACUCCUCAGGAAAGAGGAGCCAGCUGGGAGUGAAGCAGUCCGCUGUUGCACUGCAUUGCGAAAGCAAACUGGACCAGCAGCCAGCUGUGCCUAAAGAGGGCAGGGCGAUAUCUGCUUGCACAGAUAACAAAGAUGGUAAAGACUCACCUCUGGAGAGUGCCAGAGAGCUCGAAGAUGGAGGCAGGAAAAAGAAAUCCAAAGAAAACAAGGACAGCAAGCCAGGUGGCCAUGAAGAGUCUUUGUUGACACUGGAUGAUCUGGAGAGAGAGCUGUGCACAGAGGCCGAGAAGCAGCUGCUGUCCCGCUUCCGUCUCUACGAGCAGAGCCAAUUGCAUGUCCAACACGUGCUGCGGUACUGGGACCGGACCCAGGGCGUCCUGCUCCAGGCUCCCUCCUCUGACGAGCCGCCCCAGGAGCCCGAGGAGGCCGCCGAGCGCCGGGCCCCCUCUGGCAAGAAGGCCAAGAAGGAGAGGGAGAAGGAGAAAGCAGAGCGGGAGAGGCACGAGAGGGAGAGGUUGAAAACCGAUGCUGCUGACCUUAAGCUGCUGUCGCCGGCGACCAGCCAGGCGCUCGUGUUGCACGAUGGCGCAGAGGGCUCGGAGAGGGAUUCGGCCCCACAGGUCAUCCCCCAUAUCUGCGUCUCCAUUAGCGGGAAGGAGCAGCCAGGCGGGACCGAGCUUCUCUGCAGCUUAAAGCUACCAUCCCUGGAGGAGGUUUUGGAUGGGCUGGGACUUGGACCCAGAGGUCCACCCAUCCCUCCUCCUAUGCUGUUCUCCGUAGUUCCAUACCCCAAGAAGAGAUCAGUGCCCUGUCCCCAGCUCACGUCCAGUGCUCACUCCCCAGCUCACUCCUUCACCUUCUUGGUGCCCUCGUCUUUGGAAGACCUGUCUAAGGAGAAGAAGGAGGAGGAUCUGAAGGAAGAGGCCCCAACUCCCAUGGUGCCAGCUAAGGAGGAGGUGGCAACCCCCACUAAAGGCAAAGGGAAGAAUGCGCCACUGAAGGACGUGCCUCUCAAAGAGAGACUGAAAGACAAGCGCCGAUCUCCAGCCAAAAAAGGAGGCAAAAGUACGGCCUCUCGCUCUCCUCCACUCAGUGCAGUAACCUCCUUAUCUGACACCGACCUGGGCAGAUCUGUGGGAGACAGCCAGUCAGAGCGCAGUCAGAGGCUCACUCAUUUCCGCUGGGUUGUCCCAGCGAAUGGCGAGGUGACAAUGAAGAUCUGGUUUCGCUCAACUGUGGCUGGUAGUUUUGAUCAGACACUUAGCUUCGAGGUGAUGGGAACCAAACGCUGCUAUCAGCUCUGCUGCAGAGGCAUCUGCACCUUCCCAUCAGUCAGCAAAGACCAUAAGACAGUGUUUUCUCACUGUAAAAAGGUCCUGCAGCCUGGAAAUGGCUUGCAGAAGACAUACAUCAUCCGCUCAAGCCUGUACGACUUUGGCCCUUUGCUUUGUGGAAAGAUCAGAGACAGAUACAAGGAGAGGAAAUACCCAGAAAACACAGAAAGGCUAGUAAUGCACAAUAACUCCUCAAUGGAAGCCGAGGUUUACUUCUGCUUUCAGCACGACACCAAAGCCACGACAUUCAUUCUGGACCCUUCGAGCAUGGUCCUUAAGCCCAAUGAAAAAAAGGAGCUCAGAGUAUGGGCAUACCCCACCACCCCGGGCCUUAUCGAAGACAGUGUGAUGUGCUAUAUUAAGGACAACCCAGAACCUGCUGUCUUUCGCAUCGCCUGCAGAGGAGUCCGGCCAGAGCUGGAGGUGGACAGAAAGUUCCUCAACUUUGACAAGAUUCUCCUUCACAGGAGGGACACACGGAGCCUAUGUCUGAGAAAUCCCACCAUGCUCCCUGUGGUCUGGAAGCUGAGUGGUCUGGAGAUGCUGGGGGAUGAGUUCAGUGUGUCACAGGACCACGGUGUCAUCAUGCCCCACUCAGAGUUCUCCUUGCACCUGCAUUUCCGGGCAAUGAAGCCCAUCAACCUGAAAAAAGCCAUAAGACUAGAGGUGUCAGAUGUAGAGAACAUUCUUGGUAUCGUCCACACGGAAAACAUUCAGAUCAUUGCAGAGGCUUAUGACGUUAAUCUGGACAUCACCUUUCUUAAAGGUGCUGAUGGUGGUCUGGAUUUUGGAACAAUCAAAGUAGGAGAAGAAGCGAAGCUGUCUGUUAAUUUGAAAAACAAAGGCAAAUAUGAAAUAGCCUACAAGUUCAUGCUGGAGCCCACUGAGCCUGGAAUGCCCAACCUUAACUCCAUGUUCACCAUCACGCCUCUGAAAGGCUCUCUCCACCCCAAUGAAAGGCAUACUUCCGUCCAGUUCAUCUUCUGCUACAGCAAGGAGGUGUCCAUUAAGGAGCAGCCAAUCCUAAAAUGCCAGGUGAUUGAACCAAAUAUCGCAGAGGGUGAAGAAACAAUUGUCAUUAUACCCAUCACAAUAUCCGCAAAGUCUGUCUUCUCCAAGUACAGUCUCACUCCUCCAAAUGACAUCAACUUUGGUGCACUGAUCCAUGGCUCCCGCAAGAUGAAGACGCUCACUGUGGAGAACCAUGGUGACUUUGACAUCCGCUUCAUCAUCUCCAGAAUGUGCAAAGAUUUCCCAGUUCCUGCACAGAGAAAAAGCAUGGGAAAAAAGCCAUCCAGAGAGAGUCACUCUGCAAGACCAUCUGUUCCAUCCAAGUUACGCCGAUCCGAUUCUGUCCAGAAAGACUUUCCCACCCAGCAGAGCCGUAUGACUAUGGGAGUGUUCUCCUUGACGCCAUGCUUUGGUGUCCUGUCGCCUGGUGCACAGCAGGUAGUCACUGUGGAGUGUGUAGCCGAGCAGACAGGCCACUGGAAGGAGUGCCUGGUUGUGGACAUAAGUGACCGAGACCCUUCUGACAGCCCAGGAGGAAUGCCCUACAGGCUGAUAGCAGAGGUCUGCAUACCAGGAAUAGCUCAUAAGGACAUUGCUUCCAUCUUUGAGGAGCACCGACUAUGUAAAAACAGUAACAUGCUGCACUGUGAACAGUAUAGAGAUGCUAUGGGCAUCUAUAUUCAGGACGAGAACAAGUUCGUGUUCAACAACGUUCUGGUGGGCAGGUCGGCCAAAGCCCGCUUCCGCCUCUCCAACCCUGGCAAAGUUCCCUGUGAACUUAAUCUCCAGGUCAAGGCUGUCCUCACCAAGAUGUCUGUGCGCAUCGCUGAGGUGUUUGAGCUUACCCCUACACGGAUGACUAUCCCCAGCCACUCGCAUGCCUUCGCUACGGUCACCUUCUCACCACAGGCCAUGCAGACCUACCUUGCUGUGUUUGAGGCAACCCUGGAAGGGGCAACCGGUCUGCUUCCUACGAGCAAGGGCAAGGUACUGGUGUUCGAUUUGAUGGGGGAAGGCAAUCUGCCCUACAUCACUGUUCUGAAACCAGUUCAGAGGAACAGCCAAGGGCAGCCGGUGCUGCAUUUCAACCGACUGCUGGUAGGCAAGGGACAGAGCCUCCCUCUGGUUAUCAAGAACAUCAGCAGUGUGCCUGCACAGGUUAGCAUUGAUCUACUUGACAAGAUGGGAGUGUUUGCAAUGCAGGCAGUUCCAGACACAUCUGUAUGCAGUCACAUCUCCUCACACAUAACCAGUGACCCUGGAACUGAGAGACAGACGGCUCAUGUGGCCACUAUGACCCUAAAGGAAGGGCAGCGGGUGAGGUUUGAGGUGGAGUUCUACCCUGAGGAGGCACAGCACUUCGAGGCCAAUAUUCAGCUGUUGGUGCAGGACAACCAGUAUGAGGACACAGUAGUGCAGUUGCUAGGAGAGGGCUACUGUGACAUCAUCUCUCUGGACAAUAUCAGCAGUAAGGUUCUUCAGGACCAGGACAACGCAGAGAGACCCCUCACACCCAGAUCCGACCUGCUGCACUUUGGAGACUGUCAAGUUGGCUGUCUUUACCACGAGACUUUCACCCUAAGCAACCACAGUGACACGGAGGUGCUACGCUUCGAGUGGCCUCCAGAUGGCCCUCAAGUGCGCUUCUCACCCCGGAUGGGCCACCUCCAUGCUGGCUGCACCAAGGAGAUUACUGCAAGUUUCUGCUCAGAGCAGCCUGUGGUGCUGAGCGCACAAGUUGUAAAGUAUAAACUCUGCCAGAUAGCCUUCCACCAGCCCGUGGACCAAGUGCCAGACUGGGACGACCGCCUCCGCACUGUCAAAUGGGUAGAGUCAAGCACACGGGCCUCACUACAGCGACCAGCUAAGAGGAAGGUGGUAGAGGCUGACCCAGAGCCUGCCCACUUGGUGUUGGAGAACUCCUCUAGAGAGCUGGAACUGAGGAUCAGUGCUACGUGCAAUUAUGCUAAGUUCAAGUGUGACAUUGAACCCAUCCAAUUCAAAGACACCAUGCUCUACCAAACCAGAGUCUUCCAGAUGCAGAUGGCCAACCAAGGCACUGUGGAGCUGGAGUAUUCCUGGCAGGUUAUCAUGGAUACCUUAGGGAAGCCUGGGGGUUUUAACCAGCAAGGCACGACCCCUCGCUCUGGGCUGCGGCCGGCCAGCUCUCUGGUAAGCGUGUCCACUCUGCUGCUGGGAGAUCCUGAGCUCCCGCCCUUCAACGUGGAGCCCAGUGUGGGUUUAAUCCAGGCUGGAGCUAGCCAGACUUUUAGCCUCCGCUUCUCCCCUCUGGAAGUGGCCCAUUAUGAGGCCAGGCUGGUGUGCAGCAUUCCCAAUCUGCAGGGUGAGCAGGGGCCUGUGAUCACGGUGAGCGGACGCUGCUUGCUGCCCUACUGCCACUUCAACCUCGAGAACUCAGACUAUCUCAGCAUGAACAGACGCAACCCCGAGCUCCGUGGACCCCAUGGGGCCCCACCCAGGACCACUUUGGACCCCGAUACCAAAGUCAUAGAGUUCACAUCUUUGGGGGUUGGCACAAGUGUCUGCAGGGAGUUCAGCAUAAUAAACCCCACCAACAAGCCAUAUUCAUUCUUGUGGAAAUGUGAAGAUUCUGAGGCUAAACCCUUCACCUGUCUCACACCGAACAAUACCAUUCAGCCUGGCAAAAAAGUGGAUGUCUCAUUUCGAUUCCAUGCCCACGAACCAGAUCUGGUGGAGUCGUUCUGGACCUUCCUAGUCCCCGAACAUAAGCUUUCUGUGCCCUUCCUGCUGGUGGGCGUGGCUGAUGAUCCUAUGGUGUAUAUUGAUCAUGCUCACCUUAACCUGGGAAGCUUGCUUAUCGGUCACAAAAUGCAUAAAACUGUCUACGUGGUCAAUGGCGAAGACCAGCCCUUCCACUUCACCAUCGAGCAGUUCUCUCGCUACUCCGAGGCCUUCAGAGACAGCCUGCUGCUAGAGCCCAUGGCAGGAACAGUGCCCCCUAGAGACAAGAUCCCCUUGGUCAUAUCCUUCACACCAAUGCAGGAGGGACCAGUGAUGUUUAACUUGCUGGUGCCUAUCAGAGGAAAAGCUCAGCCCCUUACCAUGAACGUGAAGGCGGAGUGUUACAGCAUGAAUGCCUAUGUGCAGUACGAGAGUCCGGAAGGAGUCAUCACUGAGCUCUCUGACACCAACAUCCACCUUGUGGACUUCAAGCUGGUGGAGCUAAGUGAUAGGUCCACCUGUGCCUUUUUGGUGUCUAACCCGGGAAAGUUCAACCUGGACGUGCAGUAUGAGCUAACGGGACCUGCAGAUCUGCAGCGCCACCUGCAGGCCGAGCCCAGAACAGCCGUGGUACCAGUGGGAGGACAAAGUCGCUGCGUCCUCGGCUUCUUUCCCCUGCAAAAAUGUGACCUUAAAGACGUUGGCUUCUUAAUCAAGGUGAAGAACGGCCCAGUUUUUCAUUGUUCUCUGCUGGGUUCGGCCUCCCCUCCCGGCCUGGAGUUCUCCUUCGUCAAGUUCAAUUUUGGAAUGAGAUUUAUCUACUGUGCUGGCAUGGUCCCUACCACACACACCCUGGUUAUCAGUAAUAAAGGGGAGAGAGGAAUCAGUGUUGAAUGCUUAUUCUCCAACACCCCUUUCCUGGAAGUGAGUUUCACCCCUGAGGUGUUGCCCCCUGGUGGUCGCAUGGAGGUGUCUUUCACUUUCUACCCCCGAGAAGCAGUGUCCUACCAUGAGAAGGUGGUCUUUGAUAUCAAUGAAUGUUCCAAGCAGGUAGUGGAGAUCUUGGGACAAGGAAUAGAGAUGAAGAUUGACAUUGAGGAUCCAAAGCAGAAGGUGGUGAAAGUGGGGGCCCUGCAGGUGGGCCAGAGGAGCAAAAAGCUUAUCCCUUUGAUCAACAACAGUCGCUCACCACUGACCUUCUCUCUCCUCUUAACUUCAUCUACACACGCUCUACUGGACUCUAAGGUCCUGUCUGUACAUCCAGAGGGGGACGUGACUCUGCGUGCUGGAGGCGGAAGGUGCGUGGUGGAGGUGCUCUUUGCCCCCAGGCAGCGCAUGGCCCCCUUCAGUGCAGAGCUGCAGCUGGAGUGUUUGGGCACUGUGCGUCCCCUGCUGGUGCUGAAGGGCUGCUGCCAGGGUGUAGAGGUCAUGCUGGACCAGGACUAUCUGUCCUUUGGAGCUGUGGCCCAGCAUUGCCAAACCGCUCGACGCAUCAUCCUGCAGAACACAGGCGAUAUCGGGGCUAGGUUCCAGUGGGAUUUAAAGUGCUUUGCUCCAGACUUCAGUAUCUGCCCUGCCAAGGGCUAUCUCUGCCCAGGAGUGGAGGUGCCCCUGGAGGUGACCUUUGCUCCUGUGGAGGUGAAACAGGACCUGUGCUAUGAGAACCUCUGCUGCUCCAUAGAGGGAGGCAAGCCUGUCACCCUCACUCUGGCUGGCUCCUGCAUCGUCCCCCCAGUUGCCAGUCAGGUGGUGAAUUUCGUGUGCCCGGUGCGCGGUCAGUGCACUCAGUCUCUCACUUUGUCCAACCGCACUAACCAGCGAUGGAGCCUGAAGCCAGUGAUAGAGGGCGAGUACUGGAACGCCUCGCCCUCUUUUGUCCUCGAGCCCUACCAGCAGAACAAGGCCUAUGAGAUUACCUACAAGCCCGUGGUCAUGACCACGGAAGGCAGAAAGCACCUGGGCUCUGUGUUCUUCUCUUUCCCUGAUGGAGCGGGCAUGCUGUACAGCCUGCAGGGCACGGCCGACCCACCUAAGGCUGUGGGCACCAUCAGCCAUGAAGUCCCCUGCAAGACACCCUACACAGAGAUAGUGCCUGUGCACAACUGGCUACCCAAACCACAGAGAUUCCGCGUUACCGUAGAGAUGGUGAAGCUUGAGCGGCCUGACAACACCGUCUCCUUAAAGGGGCUGGAUUAUGUGGACGUGCCUGCGCUAGCCAAACGGGACUAUAAAAUCUCCUUCUUCAGCUACAAAGAGGGCCAGUACAAUGCCAAAGUCACUUUUAAAAAUGAGACCACAGGCGAGUACUUGUUCUACAACCUUAGUUUCAAGGCAACGCCUCCGGGGGUGAUCAGCACCAUCGAGAUGGUGACGGCAGCCAGGCAGACGACCUCGGCCUGCGUGAAGGUGGACAACCCGUUACCCACGAGCCUGGUGUUCAGCGCAGAGUGUCGCAGCGCGGAUGUGAACCUGCCCUCUCAGCUCUCGGUACCUGCACUCUCCAAGGGAACACUGACAUUCGAGUACCAGCCCCUGCGUCCAGGUGAGUCCACCACACGCCUGGUGCUGUAUAACAGCGAGCUAGGCUUCUUCCACCACGAGUUGCUACUGCGAGCCCACCCUGCACUUCCGGAGAAACCCCUUUACUUCCAAGCACAGCUGGGUGCCGGCCACUCCCUCAACGCCAAAUUCACCAACUACUCCCGUGCCAAGGCCGAAUAUACGUGCAAGACCGACUGUCCAGAUUUCAUUGUGGAGAAGAACAUUACGGCAGCAGCAGGCUUCCAGGCAGGCACUGAUGUCAGUGUGGAGGUCUACUUUGAGCCCUCCAAGCUGGGCGAGGUGCGGGGCACCCUCACGCUCUCAUCCAGUUUUGCCGGAGAGUACGUCUUCCCUCUGUGUGGCACCUGCCUCCCUCCCAAAGCCCAGGGCCCCCUGGCCAUCCGUGCCGGCUCUAGUGUGUCCAUCCCCUUCAAGAAUGUCUUCCUCCAGGCCACCGCCUUCUCCUUCCAAGUAGACAACCCAGUCUUCACCGUCAAGGGUGUAGAGACCAUCCACUCCAAAAAGACCCACAACAUCUCGGUGAGCUUUGAGGGCCCACCAGCAGGCUCCAAGGGCCCCUGCACAGGAAAACUGACCAUCUCCAGCCCACGAUCAGAAGGUCAUGGGCAGGUCCUCUCCUGGGUGUACUAUCUCAAAGGCUUCUGCCCAGAGCUGCCUCAAAGAGAGAAGACAUUAUAAGGCAUUGCUAGGCACUGCUAAGUUUUAAAAAACAAACUUACUACAAAUUACUAUCAUAACUCACCUUAAGAGUUAAAUUACACAAUUUUAAUUUUAAUUUUAAAAAGAUGCUUUAAAAAUUACAUUUUUUUGUCUGUGCUUGUGCAAUUGCUGUUAAUUUAAAGCAGUCUUGUAUUCAUGUCAUUUGUCAUUUGUUUUUAAUAAAUGGCUGUUGCUUGCAUACAUUAAUCUAGGAAUAAUUAAAACAAGUUCAGGUAAAGUAUAUAGGCCAUUGUGGUUGUAAGUCUGAGCUCAGAGUCCUACUGAGGACCACCAGGAGGUGCACUUGCUGCCCUUAGCACCUUUUACAUGAUCAGACAUACAAAGAGUAAAUUCUUUCCUUUCUUUUUUGUGUGCUUGUGUGUAGGUGUGUGUGUGUGCACGCAUGCACAUUUGUAUACGUGCGUGAGCACGGCAGACAUGCACAGUAUGAGAUGGAGCACUUAGUAAAAUGUCUCGCAAAUUUUUGAUUUGCCCAUGAGCUUAAAACUUUGGUAUAUUUCAGUGCUUUUGAGUCUGUGAGACUCUUCAUGGAUUGUGGGAGUGCUUUUAAUGAGAGAGUGGGCGAGUGCAGGCGAAGCAAGGACAGCCUGACAUUAAGCUGUGGUCCUCUUACGGGCACAGAGUAAAUUGGCUCUCAGUUUUUCAGCAAUUUGUUCACCAUGCCCUCCUCUCCAAACAUCCUCUUGAGCCCAGACAAUUAAGUAGAUCAGUUGACAAAAUGAUAAUGUUGAGUUGCUUCUGGUCCAUCGCCAGGUCCCGGGAAAAUCUGGCAUUUAUGCCACUGCAUAACGUUUAUCACAUUUGCUAUAAACAUUUGAGUGUGA